GGUCUUUGGAGCUGUUUAAAGUUGAAUCAUUUUGCGGCGCAGAGGAUGUAUGGAAAUAGCGCAGUUAGCAAAGAUAGGAAACUCAUUACCAGGGAUUAAGUUGUCUGUGGAUUGCAGCUGAGAGUUUGAGCAAGAUGACCUCGAAGUGUCCCAGAUGUGAGAAACCCGUCUAUUUUGCUGAAAAAGUGAGCUCCCUUGGGAAGAAUUGGCAUCGUUUUUGUCUGAAAUGUGAACGCUGUAACAAGACUCUGUCUGCAGGCAACCAUGCCGAGCAUGAUGGGAUGCCAUACUGCCACAAGCCAUGCUAUGCUACACUGUUUGGACCCAAAGGUGUUAAUAUUGGAGGAGCGGGUUCUUAUAUUUACGAAACUCCUCCACAUACUCCUAUGAAUAAAUCGGUGGAAAGCCCCACUGAGUGCUCUCCUACUACACCUUGGACACCUGCUCAAACAGCCAAGCCAUUCAGACCAGCUGGUCCAACCUAUGUGAAGACUUUUGCUGGUGAAACAUCACUCUGCCCUGGCUGUGGGAAGGUGGUUUAUUUUGCGGAGAAAGUGAUGUCCCUGGGCAGAAACUGGCAUCGGCCAUGCCUGCGCUGUGAGAGGUGCAAGAAAACACUGUGCGCUGGAGGCCAUGCUGAGCAUGAAGGUAAACCAUAUUGCCACGUUCCUUGCUACGGCCACCUGUUUGGACCAAAAGGCGUUAACAUUGGAGAAGUUGGAUGUUACAUUUAUGACAAAGACAGGGAGCAGUCUGAGAUUACUAGCCAGUAUUAACUUCAUAUAAGGGAACGAAUAAGAAGCCUUGGAAUGAAGACGAUUUAAAAGAAUUAAUGCAACAGUGUUGGAGUAAUAUUCAGUAUACUGAUUGUUUUUUGUUUGCUUUUUUGCUUUAUUUAACACACUAUGUUAAUUACAUUUAAUUUUGUGCACUUUUGCUGGUAUUGUUGGUUUUUAGAAUACACUGGUAGUGCAGAAAGAGUAGUUUAUAUAGAAUAUACAGUAUAGUUAGGAAGUAUUUGUAAUUGUAAAUGUUUCCAUGUAUUGCAUAUGUAGCUCAAUGGAAGAUGCUCUUGUAUCAGUGUAGAAAAAGCCUUUUUGUCAAGUCCAUUGACAGUUGAGGUGUUAUUGUAAGAGGAAUAUGAAUGUAAACUAGGUUUUUGCAACAUUUACUUAAGAUAUUCACAAGAACUCUACAAUCUGCUGCAAGCUACAGUAAUGUUAUGCAGACUUGGUUGUUUCAAGCUUGUUGAAUUACAUUGUUGCAAUGCUAUUUCUCACAGCACCUCGGACCAAGCAUGCUAGGUUUGCUUGUCGUCAACUCUGUGCUACUUUUAGGGUUUACCUUCUUAUGGCUGAAAUAAAAUGCUUGUUCUUGUCACUUGCAGUAUAAAGCCAUGUCACAAAGAGUGCUUUCAACAGCUAUUCCCUGUGAUGUAGCUCUGAAGUGAAUGUGAUCAUUGUAAUAUUUUGAAAUAAAACAAUAAGGAAAGA